UCUUUGACAGCUGCACAGGGACGGUGGUUGAGGAAGUGAGUCGAUGAAGUGAAUCAUUUUGAACGUUUCAGAGAAAAUGAUGUUAUAAUGGCGCAAGGAAUGCUGUGAAGAUCAUACUGACACUGCCGGAAAAAAACAAACAUUAUUUUGCAUUUGGCCCGAGACCUGGGACUUGUCUGGAGCGUCCCAUCGUUAAGAGACCCAGGGACGAGGACGGAGGGGGCGAAGGGACAGAGGAAGGACGCUUUUCAAGUAAGAACACACAGAGAUGGAGACUUUAAUCCCUGUCAUUAACCGGCUGCAGGAGGUCUUCCUCACCAUCAGAGCCAAGAUCAUUCAGCUCCCUCAGAUCGUUGUGGUGGGCUCACAGAGCAGUGGGAAGAGCUCAGUCCUGGAAAGUCUGGUCGGACGAGAUUUUUUACCCCGUGGUUCAGGAAUAGUCACACGGCGCCCUCUAGUGUUGCAGCUGGUGAACGUCCCGCCUCUUGAAGAACGCCGGAAACAGGAGAACGAAAGCGGGACAAAAGCGAACUCUCAGUGCAGCUUUCCAGGAAUCAAAGCUGAGGAAUGGGGAACCUUCCUUCACUGCAAGCACCAGGUUUUUACGGAUUUCACCGAAAUUCGGAAGGAAAUCGAGGAGGAGACUGAACGCACCACUAACAACAAGGGCAUCAGUCCAGAACCCAUCCAUCUGAAGAUUUUCUCCCCUAACGUUCUAAACCUCACUUUGGUCGACCUGCCUGGAAUCACCAAGGUGCCAGUAGGUGACCAGCCAGAAGACAUUGAGACUCAGGUACAGGAGAUGAUCCUGUCCUUCAUCUCCAAUCCUAAUUCUCUCAUUCUGUGCGUAUCUCCAGCUAACUCGGACCUGGCCACUUCAGACGCAUUGAAACUGGCACGUGAGGUCGAUCCUGAUGGUCGGAGGACUCUGCUAGUUGUGAGUAAGCUCGAUCUGAUGGAUGCAGGGACGGACGCACUGGAGGUUCUGCUUGGCCGCAUCAUCCCCGUCAGGCUCGGCAUCAUCGGCGUGGUCAACAGGAGCCAGCAUGACCUAAACACCCAGAAAAGCAUCGCAGACGCGUGGCGUGACGAGCAAGCGUUCCUGCAGCGACACUACCCGUCCUUAGCGUCACGCUGCGGCUCACGUCACCUGGCACGCUCGCUGAGCCGCCUGCUCAUGCACCACAUCCGUGACUGCCUGCCCGAGCUCAAGGCUCGCGUGACGACACUGAACGCCCAGUUCCAGGCGAGGCUGAGCAGCUACGGGCAGCCUGUGGAGGACCACAGUGCCACUCUUCUGCAGAUCGUCACCAAAUUCGCCACGGACUACUGCAACACCAUCGAGGGCACGGCCCGACACAUCCAGACCUCGGAGCUAUGCGGCGGCGCUCGGAUCUGUUACAUUUUCCACGAGACGUUCGGCCGGACCCUGCAAUCCAUCGACCCGCUGGCAGGACUCACCGAGCUCGACAUUCUCACCGCCAUCCGAAAUGCCACGGGUCCCCGUCCAGCACUUUUCGUUCCCGAGGUGAGCUUCGAGCUGCUGGUGAAGAAGCAGAUUAAGAGACUGGAGGAGCCGAGUCUGCGCUGCGUCGAGCUCGUCCACGAGGAGCUGCAGAGGAUCAUCCAGCACUGCUCGUCCCACAGUACUCAGGAACUGUUGCGCUUUCCCAAGCUGCAUGACUCCAUAGUGGAGGUGGUGACCAGUUUACUCAGGAAACGUCUUCCAAUCACCAACGAAAUGGUCCAUAAUCUGGUGUCAAUAGAGCUCGCGUACAUCAACACUAAGCACCCGGACUUCACAGAUGCCGCACAAGUGUCUGCAUCAGUCAACAGCCAACAGACUGAAUCACUGGAUGGAGGAAAUCACUGGAAGAACGAUAAGAUUCCAGUGGAGGACAAAAGCUCAGUGCCUGGAUUUGGAAGCCCUAACAAAUCUGUUAACCUACUGGACACGGCGGUGCCGGUGUCUCGGAAGCUGAGCUCACGUGAGCAACGCGACUGCGAGGUCAUCCAGCGCCUCAUCAAGUGCUACUUCCUCAUCGUCCGCAAGAACAUCCAGGACAGUGUGCCCAAAGCGGUGAUGCACUUCCUGGUAAACUUUGUGAAGGAGCGUCUGCAGAGUGAGCUUGUGGGUCAGCUGUACAGGCAGCCUCUCCUGCAGGAGCUGCUCAUCGAGUCUCAGGAAACGGCACAGCAGCGCACCGAGGUCGCCCACAUGCUCGAGGCACUCCAGAAGGCUAACCACAUAAUCUCAGAGAUCCGAGAGACAAACCUGUGGUAGCCUGAGGCGACUGCACGUCGAACGGUUGCGUGCGAUUACGUGUUUGUAUGUGCGUACGGUUUAAACUAGUCUAAUCUAGGUGUUUAAAGGCCUCUCAGAGCACAUGCAUCUUUCAAACCAGUCAAUUUUUCAGGUACUUUUUUUUGUUAUUACUGAACAAAGUCUUUAAGUGUGUGUGUAUGUGUGUGAGCAAGCGAAAGCCGGAGAACUUGUAUCCCAGGUCAGUAUGAUCAGCCUGCUUAUUUUCCCCCGAAUUAAGAGGCACUCUUGAAAUGCACUGAGCUCGCAGAGAAGCACUCGAGCCUUUUCUCCAAGAUGUAUUCCGAUGUUCUGUGAAGGAAAAUUGAAUUGUUUGUUUCCUUGCUUGAAUUUCCCAGUAAACAUCGAGCACUCAAAAGGGCUUGCAGCCGACCAACCCGUAAUGACCAAGACGGAUUAGUCAUGGUUAUUGUUUUGUUGUUUAUACAAGCAUUUUACGAUCGAAUUCAAAUACACCGCACCUGAAACACGUUUGAUCAA